UAACUAUACGUGCUCGCGAAUAAAUAUUCGAGAAGUUGGUAGCAUUGAGCGGUUUUUAUCACAUUUUAAUGUCACAAGUACCUCAGCCGCGGUACUGCUGCUAAAUUACACCCUCGCUCUUUUGAUCAGUCGGACAUUAUGGAUAGGGACUUUUCUAUUCUUUCUUAUUAGAGAAUCAGCUACCGUAGAGACCUUACUUAACGAUCAUUGCCGUCCUUAGCAUCGACUCCGCCUACCCUCUGCUUAUCCCCUACUGGGAACCACUUAAAGUCUCCUUGUAUGGGGAAUUGCAUGCUUCCUUGGGGGCCAAAGAGAAUCUUAAGGCGUCCAAAGAGACGCCAUGGCUGGAACGACAGAUAGUUUGGAUUCUUCCUGUAAAGCGGUUACUCCGGUGGUUCGAGGAUGACUGGGAAAGUCAUUUUACCAAAAUUUGAUAAUUACAUUUUACUUAAUAAAUUUGGACUUCGUCUACUUGGCCUUUGGCCCAUACCCGAGGACUCGGCUAAGUGGAAGUUCACCCUGAAGAAGCUUCACGUCUCGCUCGUGUACGUCUUGCUGCUCAGUCUACUGGUGCCCCAGCUCUUGGAUCUUUAUAUUCUGUGGGGCGAUGUCGAUGCAAAUGUGGAAAAUCUUUGCACCAGCCUCACGACUUUCACUGUUCUUGCCAAAUUGACGAAUAUCGUUGCCUCGCGAGGAGUAUUUCAGAAAUCCUUGGCCACCAUGAAAGAAAAUUGGGACACCAUCAUGCGGCACGACAAUUGUCCCGAGGAGAGGGAAAUUCUUUUAAAGAUGUCAAAAGUGGGAUUCGUCUUUACAAGGAAUUACUGUAUAAUUAUGUACAUCACUGCAGGAAUGUAUUUUUUGAGGCCUCUCGUUGUUGGCUCAGGGACAAAAAGUCCUCACGUUAAGGAGUAUCCAUUUUGUGCCUGGUACUACUACGAUCAAUUUUCAAAUCUCACCUAUGGUAUAUUUUAUUUCUCUCAGGUAAUAAUAGGUUUCUUCUGUGGCACCGGAAAUUUUACAUUGGACAGUCUGUGCUUGGUAAUGGUCUACCACGCGUGUGCACAACUUCGUAUACUUCAAAAGCAAAUAAGUCAGCUGACCAAUGAUGGCUCGGAUGAUAUCUUGAUCGUCGAAAGGGUUCGUCAGUUGGUGAAGCUUCAUAAGAAAAAUAUAGAGAAUGCCCGCAACCUGGAGGCCGUCUUCAGUGGUGCGAGUGCCCAGCAGCUGCUCGUAAGCUGCGUCAUCAUCUGCGUGAUUGGACUCAAGCUGAUCGUGUCUCUGAAUGAUGCCUUCCAGUUAAUAAUGUACGUGGCAUACAUGCAGCUGGUGAUCUUCCAAAUUUACUUAUACUGCAGUCCCGGCGAUGAACUGAUCAAUCAGAGUAUGGAAAUUGGCAGAGCCGCCUAUAUGGCGUCUUGGACAAAUUUUCCAAAAUAUGCCACGCACUCUUUACUCAUGAUGACUAUCAGAGCACAGAGGCCACUCAGAAUCACUGCUGGAAGAUUUUACGUCAUGUCCAUACCAAAUUUUACUUCUAUUCUCAAAACUUCUGCCUCGUACUUAUCCGUUCUACGUGUAUUGUACGAUUGAUAAACAGUAAACAAAUAUCUAAUUGCACGGACACGUGCUGAAUCUGUGUGAAAGAAAUUAGUCGAAGUAAUAAUCGUUAAAUGGAAGUACGAGCACUGUGUGAAAAAUGGAUAAAAUUGGAAUAAAAUUGGAAAGUAUCCAAAGCAAUAUUCAAAAUUGGAGUAUUCAAAGUGUCUAUAGUUAUUGAACUGUGAGGUUAACAGUUUGGAGACGUAAAGAAAUUUAGACAGAUACAAGGACCGAAUCUUCUGCAACCCCGUCGUCUAAGGUCGACGUCGGCGUCGGCGUCGGGGACUCACCGAGCGUACUUCCUGCGGUGACCGGAAGUCGCGAGUCAGAGGCUCGGCUCUACCUAGCGUUACGCUUCCUUACGCGUAUCUACCGUCUCGGUGGCAGUUUGCCACAAGUCUAACUUGCCUGCACCAGGUAGAAGAGACGCCUUCUUCUCCAGAGCAUACACCGCAACAUUUUCAAGGAUACCUUAAAUGAGUUCAUUUUCUUUUAAAGCAUACGACCACUUGGAUUCAUUAAUUAAUUCAGCAAUAACGUCAAACAGGAAGUGGCUAUAUUGCAGUCGAGAAACGGAUGAAUAUCGAUCGGAGCAGAAAAGAUAAUACGAUCGAAAGGAAAGUAAGAAUAUUUCGAGGUAGUCCCCGAUCGCCAUAAGAAUUGGAUUGUUGGUCCCGGUAGGUGCGGAACCCUCAGGAUAGUUGCACCCCGACAGGAAGCCUAAUUCCCAUCUUCCGGCGUGCAUGCAUAGACAUAAGGUGGAGAAGAGUCCAGCGAUCUUAUCGGCGCUUCCUUCGUGGCUACAGGCGGAUUCAGUGCCAGCGGGACGGAGGGAUGUGAGUCCCAGUGAGCAGGGCGGAUUGAGUUUCCACGCGUGAGGCCCCGGCCUCAGGCCCAGGAGCCUCGCGGAAAGAGGUCCAGAAGAUUUUGAAGAAGUGGGGACGCACGGCGCGUGGCAAUGUUCUUCCAUCGUCGCCAGAUGUUCCUGGAGGAGCAUGGCAGCUGGCCCCUCCGUGAGGCCCUUCUUUGCUUUUCCUCCUGAGGAACUUUUCCUCAAGCGGGCAGGUACCUGGAGGAGGCAGUUACACCCGGGGCUGCCAAGCGAGAAAAUCCUAAUGGCCCGUACAGACUCUUCCAUUUCGAAUUUUCGAUUUACAUCUGUUCGCCAAGCAGAUCAUUUCCUUUGCAAAUCGUUCGGCAGUCUAUGAGUACUUCACUUGUAUUUUCAUUAAGCGACACAACAAGAAAAAGCUAUUAGCAAGGAAUCGUAGAAAGAACGACCUAAUCGUUACAUAAAUUUACCAAGACUUUCCCAUCUUUGCACGACAGUGAAUAUAGUUUUGAAAUUCCUGUACAGCAUGAAUUCUCACAAGAUCCGCGAUACGAUUACAGGAGCC